AUGGCUCACACUCCAGCGACUGGCGGCGCCCCCGAGAUCUACCUCGCAGAACCUGCAUCGGCCAGCUGCGCGUCUGUUUAUCUCGAAGAAGGGGACGAGGACGAACGCCGGUCGACAUCCAUCGUAAGUCGGCAACAUGAGCUGGGCACAACCGGUCCGCUGCUCGAACCGCGAGCGCUGGAGCACGUAGUCUUUGCCAUCAACAGCUUCGCCCAUGGGCUGCUGCGCUAUCUUCCGCGCCAGCAGAACCUUUCCUUCUCUCCUAGCCACCUGUACUGGUUGCUGGUUAGCGUGUGGUUCGGCAGCAAGGGCACGACUAGGGAGCAGCUCGACGGCGUGCUGCACUGCGCAGAGCUACCCGUACCCGCCUACCGAAUCCAGGGUUUCUUCAAGAACUUCCUACGCAAGCUGCGGAUCAGCGAAAAACUGCAGCACGUGCAGUUCAUCAGCUCCCUGCACAUGACAUCCGUGGAGCGCCUCCAGGACGCCUCGAGCAAGGCACUGCGCGACUACUUCCACGUGUGCAUCCGCGCACUCCUGGCCGACGCCAGACCUGAACACAUGAACAACGAGAUCAACCUCUGGUUCGAGACAACGUCCCGCGAACACGUGCCCAGCGUCAUGAGCGAAAACCUGCCGACCAUCAUCACAGACGGGUCUUCGACGGCGUGCCACGUGAUCGCGAGCGCCGCGUACGCCGAGCACUCCUGGGGCUCUCGGUUCGACCGGCACAAGACGGUCCUGGCCAACUUCAACAAUGGCACCAAACCGUGCAAGGCGCGCAUGGUACGCCCUAUCUGGUACUACCGCUACUGCGCAUAUAAGACGCUGUCGGCUCGCUGCCUGGUCGUACCGAGCGUGGGCGGCAAGUGGAACAUGCUGCUCCUGCUGCCCACCGACCGCGGCGGGGUACACGCCGUCGAGUACCAGCUGGACGCUGAGGCACUGCAGCAGGCGCUGAAGAGCUGCGACGAGACGCUCGUGGAACUGAGCAUGCCCAACAUCGAGCUCGAGAGCUCCGUGUCGCUGCGGCAAGUGCUCAAGCGGGCUGGCCUGGUUGCUCUCUUCGACCCGGUCAAGACCGACCUCAGCGGCCUCCUAAAGGAGUCUGGCGAGCCUCUCAUGGAGUUUGUGCACAAGGUCAAACUCAAGGCGAACAAGGUGGGCCACGAAGGAGAGCACCAUGGUGUCACGGUGAUCAAUGAAAGCGGUGAGCACCCCGGCUGGCCGAUCGAGUUUCACGUCAAUCACCCGUUCGUGUUCGUGCUCUACGAACCGGGUAACAACACGACCCUGUUCGUCGGCAGGGUCGUUGAGUUGAUCUGGUAG